UGACAGUCGCCGUUUUGCUGUAAUUGUGUUUUUCCUUCUCCUUGUCUUGGUAUGUGUCCGUAAUGUAAUCAGACGUGGCGCUGAUCAAAUAUUGUCUCUGUUGCUCUAGCGAUCGGUCAAAGAAGAGAGUGCCGCCGCUCCGUCAGCUGCGGUGCCAGUGACUUGCAGCAGUGACCUGCAGAUCGGUGACCUGCAGUGGUGACCCGGUGACCUGCAGUGGUGACCUGGUGACCUGCGGCUGACGCGCCACGAUGGCGAUGCGUGACCUGCUGGACGGAGAGUGCGGCGGCCCGAACGCCGUCGUCAAACUCACCUCCCACCUCACCCGCGACAGGUCUCACCGUGAGGACGCAUUGCGACACCUGGCUCCGGCGCCCGGCGCCGCCGGCCUGACCGCCGCCUCUGAUGACCAGGUGGUGCAGGAGUUUCUGCGCGAGGCGGCGCGGCCCGAGACGCGCGGCCCCACCUCGUUUCGGAUGGGCUCGCUGCUGCAGGAGCUGCGUGAGAUCGAGCGCGGCGGCGCCGGCCGGCCGGUCACCGCGCCCAACGUGGCCCUGCUGGCCGCCGCCGAGCCGGCCGUGUGGGCCGAGCAGUUCGCUGCCGCUCAGAGACAACAGGAGGGAGACGCUCAGACCUGGCCGGACGAGGUGGGAGCCGUCGGCGGCCCGCUGCCCACACCCGACCAGCUGGCCGGGCCCGGCAUCGCGCCCCCCGUGCCGUGGACGGCCGACCUGGCGCCCGUCCGGCCGCUGCCGCGGCCGCCGGAGAACCCUCUGGACGAGGUGCAGUGGGUCGACCAGUACCGGCCCUCGGAGGACGCCGAGCUGCAGCGCACCGCCGACCAGAUCCUGGGCUCCGUGGACGACCCCACCUUCUCCGGAUCCGAGUUUAUGAACUUUUUGGCCAAGAUCCGGGACGGAGAGGUGGAGGUGCCGGAGCCGGCCACAGCGGCGGCAGCGACGGCAGAGGCUGGCGGCGACCCGGCCGCGGCCGUCGCCGAGGCGGCGGCGGCGGCGGCGGCCGAGGCCGAGCCGGAGGUGGACUCUGCCGGUAUGACGCCGCGCGCCAGAGAGGAGUUCUGGGCGCGCCUCGAGAGGGAGUGGGCUGACCUCUACAAGUCGGACGAACACCCGUGGCUCUCCGACUACACUGACCACUUCAGCCUCCAGGAGUACCAGUUUGACACGGACAACCGUUUCCGUGACGACCCGGACCCGCUGGCGGAGGGACAGCGGCGGCUGGCGGCCGGCGACCUGCCCGGCGCCGUGCUCUGCUUCGAGGCGGCCGCUCAGCGCGAGCCGGAGUCGCCGCUGGCCUGGCAGCUGCUCGGCACCAGCCUGGCCGAAAACGAACAGGACCCGGCGGCCAUCACGGCACUGCGGAGGUGUAUCGAGCUGGACCCGGGCUGUCUGCGCGCCUACAUGGCUCUGGCCGCCUCCUACACCAACGAGUCGUACCCGCUGCAGGCUUGCGCCGCGCUCCGGGAGUGGCUGCGCCACCACUCCGAGUACAAGCACCUGGUGAAGGUGGACACGUCGGCCACCCACCCGUCGGCCGUGUUCCAGCCGUCGCUGCUCGGCGGUGACACGCACGGCGCGGUGCAGGCCGAGUUUCUGGAGGCGGCACGGCUGCGGCCCUCCGACCCCGACGCGGACGUCCAGUGCGGCCUGGGCGUGCUGCUACAUAUGGCCGGCGACUACGAGCGAGCCGUCGACUGCUUCAGCGCCGCCCUCAGUGUCCAACCGGAGAACGCUCAGCUAUGGAACAAGCUGGGCGCCACGCUGGCCAACGGUAACAAGCCCGAGGAGGCGGUGUCGGCGUACAGUCGCGCGCUGCAGCUCUCACCGGGCUUCAUCCGGGCGCGCUUCAACCUGGGCAUCAGCUGCCGCAGCCUGAACGCCAACCGUGAGGCGGUGGAGCACUUUCUGUCGGCGCUGGAGCACCAGGCGAGCAGCCGCGGCGUCAGUGGCCGCCGCUCCGACCAGGUCAUGUCGCAGAGUAUCUGGUCCAUGCUGCGCAUGACGCUAGCCGCCAUCGGCCGCGCCGACCUCUACGCGGCCGUCGACUCCAGGGACCUGGCCACCCUGAGCCGUGAGUUCGGUACGGGCACGGCGGCCGGCAGCGGCUCCGACUGACGGACCCUGGCCCGCGACCGACCGCCGCGUGGGACCCCGGCCCGCGACCGGCCCUCGUCUCUGACCUCGUCCCGUGACCGGCCUUCGUGCCUGACCCCGGCGGGGCGGCGGGCCAUCGUGUGCGAGUGUCAGACGCGGCCUCCGACCAGCCACUGAGCGCCAGUCAGCGGGACCUGACCGGCCACUGAGCGCGGACCCCGGCGCCGCCUCCCAACACUCUGCUCCGGGACACAGUCGGCGGCCGUCGGAAUCGUGCAAUCGACGGUGGCGUCUGGUUCGCGCGGCCUGGACCGUGGCGAAGUGAUUAUGAACUGUGGCGACUGGAGAAGGCUGUGUCGCAGCUCUUUACGGCAAUCUGGUUACUGUGAACUGUCUGUCUGGCGGUCCAUUCGAAGAUUUCUCUCGGAAGAAGUUCGGCCACGUAGUUCAAUAACACGAAACUCAGUUCAUACUGUACCUAACUGGGAUGUUUACGUGUCGGACGGUCACGUUUCUGGGUUUCCAGUGAAUGUAAUUAGCGUGUGUUCUCCCGGUCUGGUCGGCGCAGUUCAGCCACCGGCCCACGGACGGCUUCAGCCCGGGAAGCCUCGGUGCCUGCGUCCGGCCGGACCGGCUGUGCCAAGUUUACUCAGAAGCGCCGCUGGUGGGGCUAGAUCAAGUGUCGCUGUGUCCUGUGCGCGGGGUUGUCGGGUCUGAUACCCAUGUGAUUGGCCGGGAGGGCCGCCGGUCCUCUCGGCUCGAGGGGUUGUGAUAUAUUGGGCCGGUACACUGCGAGAUUCGGAUAUGAAUUAUUGUUUGUCGUGUGCGUUUGGGGACCUGGUAGAACAAUAAUAGCACUUUUAUUUCAUCUGAGUAGACGUAGAUAAUCAUGGGUUGUAUCUAUUGUUUUUAAGCUUGCGUUGGACGUCACCCGGCCCGAAAAAAGUGCGUUUGACAGCUGCGUAACUGUUUUCUGAUGCCUUUACGCAUUAUCUACGACAGUGCCUUCUCUGUGUUUUUGAGGUAAUGCUCGUUUACUCUGUGCCAUUGCGCGUGUGGUAGCUCUGCCGAGCCGACCCGGGGCGGCUCUGUCCGUCAGACUGUCCGGUUGUCCGCCGACCUCGCCGGUUGUCCACUGAGGCAGGCGUGUCCCGUUACCGACCAAUCCACACCCCGGCGCGGGUCUCCCGCGUCCUCUCCUGUAGACGCAGUUCUCGGUGUCCACAGCAGUACUGUAUUAAUCACCACAGCGAACCCAGAGACAAUACAGCCCCGGAACCGAC